AUGCCGCGCUUCGGCGGCUCGCCCUCCUGCGCGCGCUGCUCCCGCGCCGUCUAUGCCGCAGAGCAAGUCGUGGGUCCGCUGGGACGCCCAUACCACAAGGCCUGUCUGGCAUGCGUCGUCUGCGCGCGCAGACUCGACUCCACCCUCUUGGUCGAGCAUGAGGGCGAGGCCUACUGUCGCAACUGCCAUCGCGCGCAUCUGGGACAGGGCAAGGGCGGCUUCGGGCUGGCCGUGCCGCUGAGGGCCGAAGUGCCCAAGGCGGCAGGAGGCACACCGACGAAGAAUGCUACAGAGACGCCGCCACGAGCCAGUCUCGAGCAGAGAGGCAGCCUAGAUCAGCAGCGCCGCAGCGUCGACACUACUCGACGCUCGCAAGACCAGCCGGCACCGGCGGCGGCACCGGCGGCAUCCUACACGCGCGAUGCACCCUCCUCCUCUGGGACGCCGCUUUGUGCGCGAUGUGGAAAGGCGGUCUACUUCGCAGAGCAACUGCAAGCCGCCGGCCGAGCAUGGCAUCGCUUCUGCCUGCGCUGCGACGGCUGCAGCACGACGCUGGAGCCGGGCAAGCUCGAGGAGGGUCCGGUGGAGCAGGUGCAAAAGGCAGCGUGCAAUGUGUGGUGCAGGACUUGUUACGCGAAGCGCUUUGGCCCGAGAGGAAUCGGAGUGGGAGGUAUCUCGCUGCCCGAGCAUCAGUAGCUCCUGGCGCCGCAUGGAUCUCCUCAUCGCCUUCUCUUUCUCUCUACGGUCACGACAGCCUCCACUGUCGUCUCGCUUCCCUCGUCGUUGCCAGUCUCUCCUGUAGCCUCGCUCCCUCUUGUAGCUCUUUCGCACUGUAGCUCCUCGCAACUCCCCGCUCGCGCUCUUCGCCUCGCGGUCCUCUACGUGCAGUGGCCGCCUGCGACGCUCUCUCUCAAUGCAAACGAUGCCUCAGUAAUCUCAUUCUUGCAUCGC